AUGCCAGACCUGCAGCAAAGAAUCGACCAGAAGAAGAGGAGGCCUCCCCUAAAUCGAAAGAAGGAGGACUUGAGGCUGCGCCUGAGGGCCAUAAAACUUUCAGACCCUGACCCAGUGAUGAAGACUUUGGAAGAUGCUUUUGUGCGAGCAGCAGAGCUACUCUUGUCUGCAGACUACGUGCUCAUUGCAGCGGGAGCAGGCUUCUCAGCCGACUCUGGUUUGCCAGUCUACAAGGACAUUGCGGAUGUUGACGCGUACAAGAAGAUGGACGUGACGUACGCUGAUCUUUGCGUCCCAGACUGGCUGCUGAAAGAUCCGGAGAUCUUCUAUGGGUUCUGGGGCUCGUGCUACAACGACUACCUUGGAACUACACCUCACAAGGGCUACGAGAUCGUCAAGGAGUGGAUUGACUGUGGAUUCAAAGGGAGGGAGGGAGGCUCUGGUCCAGGAGUGGGGUGGGGUGGGAGCAGCACUACGCAGCAGAACGCUGACAUCCUACAACCUUGCAAGCCGUCAUUGAGAGGUCUACCCUACACAGCUCGGCCCACUUCGGCCGUAGUGCCCGCAUCAAGAGACCAAUACUCCUUCAAGAACAGGCCCAAGUCCACGUCUAUGAUUCGCAAGAAGCUCGAAAUGACCAAACUGAAGGAACCAGACUUCUUCGUGUACACUUCAAACGUGGACACAGCCUUCCAGUGCAGGAUCCCUUGCUGCCAGAAGGUCUGGUCGCUCCCUGACGAUUACCGGUUUCAAGUUGACAAGGACACCCGUCGAACCCAACGAUUCCGGAACGCUGAAGGACAGAAAGGGGAAGAAGAGGGCAAAGAUCUUAUAUAUAGGCAUGGGAAAGUUUUAGAGAUCGAGGAACCAAGCAACCGCAAGAUGGACUUUCGAGGUUUGACGCCAUACACACAGAACCAGAGCUUGAACAGGCUGGUGCGAUUCGGUGAUGAGGCAUCAAAUCGCAAAUGUUUCGAUGAAGAGUUGAGGUGUCAAAUCGAAACAGAUGAAUCAAACUACAAGACGUGGGUCAAGCGAGCUGUGGCUAACAUGAAGCUGGGGAAGAAAGUAGUGAUCCUUGAGGGCGGGUGCGGCAAGAGAGUUCCGACAGUGAGGUUGAACUCGAACAAACUUGUUGCCAGCGGUGCCGACCUUAUCAGGAUCAACCUUGACUUCCCUCUCAAUCCAAAGUAUCCCUCGAAGACUGUCUCCCUCCAAACUUCUGUGCUCAAUGCGCUGGUGGGAAUAGAUGAAGCGAUCAGGCGGUUGUGCUAUCGGACAAGGUCUCAGCCUUGAGCUCAAAUCACAGCCAGGUGUGACGCCUCAAGUGAAUCAAUGAUUGAACUGAAGUGAAUGUAACCGUAAUCGAUCGUCAUCGACAAGUAUUCUUAAUGAAGUUAAUAGUUCUAGUU